GUGCGGGACAAAGAAGGUCAACCAAUUGAGGUGGGCGACACUCUUGAGACUAACUUCAGAGGGGGGAAACGUACGGGCAAAGUUGAAGCCGUAAUCGAAAACCAGCAUGACGUGAAAGAGCGAGACGACAUGUUGAAUGUGGAUGUCAAGAACCCGCCGAAGGUCGUCUAUACAAACCAGCACGGACACCAGGUCUCACACAACCCCGGAACGUUGUCCCAUGUUAAGGAGGAAGAGAAGGCAACGACGUAG